AUGGGCGUUCAGUCACGAAGCCGCACUUGUACGGAACCAGUGCCGUCCUUUGGCGGUCAUUUGUGUCGUGGCAGUGCUAAAGAACGCCGCACCUGCUCCAUACCUUUCGUAGAUGACGGGGAGCCCUGUCCUCGUGUGCUUGGUGGUGAAACGGGCAGUGGAGGUGCUAGUACAAGCUGGUCCACGUGGUCCAAAUGGUCUGAAUGCCUGGUUGACUGUUCAGUCGACGAUGACGUCGGCAAGAGCGGACAACGUCGUCGAACGCGAAAUUGCAUGGUUGAGCGCAAUGGAAAGCGCAUCGCUGCACAGUCCCUACACCAAAACCGCCUCAUGUUUGGCAACCUGAUUGGUGAGGUUCGCGGACGCUUGGGCGGCAAGCUGCUGAGUGGAAUCAAGGUGGUCGGAAAUUGGUCCGCUGUCUCUACGAAAGCGACUAGUUUCCAAAUUGAAUUCCACAAUGUGCCUCCCGAACACUCACUAUGUCUUCAGGUCCUUUCUGAAAUAGUCUCGCCUGUUUUCUGGUAUGCGGCGAAGGAAAUUGAACAGGCCUCUAACGGGCAGUAUGUAACUGGAAGGAGCGGCGAAUUCACAUGGAACAGUCUGGGCCAGUUCGCUGACAGUUCAAGUGUUCGCCUGGAGCAGUUGCUGCGUCGUGCUGACAGUGGGGAUCACGAUGCUGCGAAAACGAAUGACGUUCUGUUGCGCCUUGAUACAACGAUUGUCGGGGACUGUCCCAUCGCGCUUCGUCCUGACCCCAUAGAAGACGACAGUGUCGUUGCCUGGAGUGCUGGAGCCAAAGUCGAGCUGAAUGACUUUAAAGAGCAGAUCGUCCAGCUAGAUCCGUCUAAAGGCAAGCUUCACGCCUCCUCCUCACGCACCUACGGCGUCGUUGACUGGGCUAGUGGUCGUCGCCUCCUUGAGCCAUACGCCUGGAAUUCUGAGGUGGCAACUUCAGCAGGACGCCGACAACAGUUUCUUUCACAGAACCUAUUUGUGGAUCAGCUAACCGUCUCCAGUGAUCCAGCCAGGGGAGUGAUUUUCGUAUCUGCGGACACUGCAAUUGCAAAAGUGAGCGGCGCUGUGUGCCCUGAAGGCUUCGAGAUUGUUGAGGCGCGUAUGGAUGGGAGACGGCAGCUUCUUGGUGGUGCUACCUUGGACUACUGCAGAGAUGUGAAUGAAUGUUCGAGUCCACGUUUAAAUACUUGUGACCAGAUCUGCGAGAACACCGCACCCGGCUAUCGAUGCAAGUGUCACGAGGGCUACCGCCUCUCACCAGACGGACGGUCAUGUCUAGACAUUGACGAGUGUUCAGAGGGGGAGAACGCUGGUCGUCUGGUCUGUCCUGUUGGACAGCGAUGCGUCAACAAGCCUGGAACAUUCAGUUGUGUCCAGGACUGCGGUGAGGGAUUCCGACUCGCAGCACAUGGCGAAGGCUGUGAAGAUAUCGACGAGUGUCGAUUUGGCAAGAAUGUGUGCGGUGAUCACCAGUGCAUCAACACUUACGGAGGAUAUGUCUGUGCUUGCCGACCCGGCUAUGAGUUAGUCAACAAUCAAUGCCAAGGACGAUUUUGGAUGUAUUUCACCCCACCAGAUGUCAACGAAUGUGAAAAAGGCGAGGCACGUUGUCGUGGCAACGAGGCUUGUGUGAACCUGCCCGGUAGCUAUGACUGUCGCAAAGUCUGCCCCAGAGGAUUUCGGUUUGCAGGAGAACUGGCCAGCGGAGUUCCCAACUGCAUCGAUAUUGAUGAGUGCAGCACGAGCGAGAACCUCUGUCCACCUGAGGCCACCUGCGUCAAUGAGCCUGGUUCCUUCCGUUGCCAGUGUCCAGAUGGUCGGCCGCCUGUUGGACACUCCUGUCUUGGGGCCAAUAGCAGUGCUCUGACAUUGGUGGAGGUUUCCUUCAAGCAGCCACGAAUAAUGCGGCUCAUGGCUGGACCCAGUCCACCACCCACCUAA